UUAAGCUGCUGCCGUCCCAUCACGAUUGCUAAAUCCCGCUCCCUGAAGCAUUUAUGUAACAAUCAAGAUCCAGCUGCUUCACGAUGGCCAUAUUUAAUCAUUAUGGAAAUACGAUGUGUUCUUGAGUUUCAGAGGUGAAGAGACUCGGAAGAAUUUCACCGACCAUCUGCGCGCCGCGCUGGAUCAAAAGGGCCUUAGAAUAUUUAGGGAUCAUGAAAGUAUUGAGAGAGGGAAGGAAAUUUCGUCUGAGCCACUGAAAGCAAUUGAAGAUUCCAUGAUUUAGAUCAUAAUUUUUUCAAGAAAUUACGCCUCAUCGACUUGGUGUUUGGAUGAACUUGUAAAGAUUGUUGAUUGCUUAGACGUGGAUAAGCAUCGCGCAGUUGUGCCAGUUUUUUACGACAUAAAUCCAUCAGAUGUACGGAGACAAACGGGAGAUUUCAAGAAAGCUUUUGAUAAACAUGAAGAAGAUUUUAGAGACGAUGAGGAGAAGGUGCAAAAGUGGAGAAGUGCUCUGAUAAAGGUAGCCAGUUUGUCUGGAUGGCAUUUGAAGGAUAGGCAUGAGUCGGAAUUUAUUCAGGAUAUUGUCAAGAACAUAUUGAGAAUACUUUACGGUCUAUGAUGCUUGAGGACAUUGUAGGAAUAAAUUCUCGCCUGGAGAACCUGAUGAAGCUUAUAAGGCGUACGCCUGAUGAUGUUUGCAUGAUAAGAAUCUUUGGAAUGGGAGGGGUGGGCAAGACAACGAUUGCAAUAGUUGUUUAUGAGUUGCUUUCUUAUGAAUUUGAAGGUCAUAGUUUUCUUGCGAAUGUUAGAGAAAUUUCUGAAAAAAGUGGUUUGGCUUCUUUACAAAAGCAACUUCUUUCCCAAAUUCUAAUGGAAACUUAUUAUAACAUAAAUGAUCUAUAUGAUGGAAUAAGUGUAAUAAGAAGUAGGCUACAACAUAGGAAGGUUCUUGUCAUCAUCGAUGAUGUUGAUAAUGUAAAUCAACUGAACACAUUAGCUGGAAAACAUCAUUGGUUUGGUUCGGGCAGUAGGAUCAUAAUAACAACAAGAGACAAACAUUUGUUGUUGACACAUGGAGCGGAUGAGUUAUACAAAGUUGAGGAACUAAAUGAUGAUGAUGCACUUAAACUCUUUUGUUUGAAGGCCUUUAAGAGUUGUCGUCCUCCGAAAGACUAUGUGGAAGUUUCCAAGCGUAUUGUGAAAUAUGCUGGUGGUCUUCCAUUAGCUCUCCAAGUUUUGGGUUCUCCUUUGUUUGCUAGAACUAUAGAUGAAUGGAAAUAUGCACUAGAAAGAUUAACUAAAGAUUUUGAAAAAGAAGUUCUAGAUGUACUUCAAAUAAGUUUUGAUGGGUUGAAAGAAACAGAAAAGAAAAUAUUUCUUGAUAUUGCAUGUUUCUUUAAUGGGGAACAUAUAGAUUAUGUUACACAAAUUUUGGAUGGCUGUGGUUUUUACCCAAGUAGUGGAAUACGUGAUCUUGUUGAUAAAUGUCUACUACCUAUUUUAGACAACAAAAAAUUGUGGGUGCAUGAUCUAUUACAAGAAAUGGGUAAACAAAUUGUUAAGAGACAAUCGAUUGAGAAGCCUGGAAAGCGGAGCAGAUUCUGGGAGGAAUGAGAUAUCUAUUAUGUAUUGACCAAAAACAUGGGAAGUGACGUUGUUGAAGGCAUAAAAUUGGACUAUCCUAAAGAAGAGUUGCAUUUGAGUGCUAAAGCAUUUUCAAAGUUGAUCAAUCAAAGAUUGCUAAAAGUCAGCAAUGUUCAACUUCCCGAAGGUCUCAAGUAUCUUUCUAAUGAGUUACGGUUACUCGAAUGGCAUGGAUAUCCUUUAAAAUCCUUGCCGUCAAAUUUGCAAAUGGAUAGAAUUGUUGAACUUAAAAUGCGUUCUAGCAGCAUUGAACAACUAAGGCAGGGAAUGAAGCCUUUACACCAGUUAAAAUCCAUCAAUCUAAGUCUCUCCCAGAAGUUGAACAAGACACCAGAUUUCACAGGGGUCCCAAAUCUAGAGUAUCUAAUUCUUGAAGGAUGCAUAAAGUUGCGAGAGAUUCACCCAUUUGUGGUAGUCCACAAAAAGCUUAUUCUGUUGAAUCUGAAGGAUUGCAAAAGUCUUACCACUCUUUCAAGUAAAAUUAAUAUUGCAUCUCUUAGAAAACUAAAUACUUUCUGGUUGCUCAAAAUUAAAAGAGUUUCCACAGAAUGUUGGAAGUAUGGAAUGUCUGUCAGAGCUGUUUUUAGAUGGAACUGUGAUUAAAGAACUGUCGUCCUCAGUUAAACGUUUGACUGGUCUUGUUUUGCUGAAUUUGAAAGAUUGCAGUCAGCUUGAGAGUCUUCCAAGUGAUCUAAAUUAUUUAAAAACUCUUAGAUCUCUCAAUCUCUCUGGUUGUUCUAAACUUGAAACUUUGCCAGAGAAUUUGGGACAAGUAGAAAGUUUGGAAGAGCUUGAUGUGAGUGGAACUGCUAUAACGCAACCAGUGUCAUCUAUUUUUUUUAAUAAAAUCUUAGAGCUUAUCUUUUCGUGGAUGCAAAGGAUCAGCACCUAAAUCUUGGCAUUUGCGUUUAUCCUCCAAGUUGAUGCCAAGAAGUUAUAAACAUACCAUGACUUUGAUGUUGCCUUCUUUCUUGGGUUUUGUGCUCUUUAACAAAAUUGGAUCUUAGUGACUGUAAUUUGGGGAAGGUUCAAUCCCCAAUGAUUUUGGCAAAUUGUUUUCAUUAGAUAUUGUUUUCAGUAGAGGAGUUAAAUCUAAGUAAAAACAAUUUUGUUUUUCUACCAACAAGUAUCAACCGUCUUUCUAAGCUUCAAUGUCUUAAGUUGGAGGGUAGCAAGAGACUUCAAUCUCUGCCGGAACUUCCACCCAAUAUUAAUACGAUUAGACUUGAUGCUUGUCCUUCACUUGAAACAUUAUCAAAUGGAUUAGAAUUUCGCAAUUCGGAGUUUGCGGUGAUUUCUUGCAUGAAUUGUUUAAAACUAUCUGAUUGCUGCAGCAUGGGAUUGUUAAUGUUGAACCGAUACCUUAAGGCAAUGUCAAAUCCAAGAAUGGAGUUUAGCAUUGUUGUUCCUGGAAAUGAAGUUCCUGAAUGGGUUAAGCAUAAGAGUGAGGAUUCUUCGAUUAGAAUAACAAGGCCUUCACAUGGGUAUCCUAGAAAACUGGUGGGAUAUGUUGUGUGCUCUGUUUUUGUUGUUCAUAAGCAUCAACCUGCCCUUAGCGAUGCUUUUGGCAGACAUAAUCUUUUCUUCCAUUUGAAAGCUGAUGAAAAACCUUCUUCUACAUCUCAUUUUAUUUAUUUCGAAGAUAAGUUCGGCGAGGCUGUGUCGGGCCAUCUGUGGUUACUCUAUUUGUCUUGUCAUGAAUACUUUGAUUUAGAGUGGCAUAAUGAAUAUAAACACAUUGAGUUUUUAUUUUCAUCUCAUUGGGGGGCUGGAUUGGAGGUGAAGAGGUGUGGGGUCUGUCCAAUAUAUGAACAAGAAUUGAAAGAGUUAUGCCAAACACUGAACCAAUAUAGUAGCUCUGCUUUUGAGGAUUUGAAUGAGUAUUUUGUAGGAUUGAACUACAACUAAGCGAAGUCUAGGUGACCAUGGUAGGGCAAAACCUAGUGGAAAUGGCUAUUAUGAUGAGGAACCCCUUACCACAAGAUAAAGAACUUAAAUUCUCUUGAAAGGGCAAAGUGUAUUUUGGUGUUGGAAGCCCAAAUUUUUAGAAUGCUCAGAAGAACAAAUAUAUAUAGACAAACAAAUUGUGGCUAUACUUUUAAACGUUGAGGAAGUGCAAGCUGCUACAACAUCUUUCUUAAAAGUUCUCUCAGCUUCUCCUUCAGCCUAUUCUGCAAAUCAAAAGUCUCAGUUUUCCAGGUGCAAUGCUACCCCCUUCCCUCAACCCUUAGAUCGCGCCAUUACUAUUUGGGAGGUGAUCCAGUGAUUGAGCACAUAUGAUUGUGAAACUUUCCAAUUGAGUGCAAGAGAAGGUUCUCAUGGACCAGACAAAGAUCAAAUAGGUGUUUCUUUACCUUUUAUUUUUCUUUUUGGUAGAAAUAACAUGUCAGCCAAAUGCAAAUUUGGUAGAAAGAUUGAAAGAGAAAUGAAAAGUGAGAUGAGAAUCUUGUCUAUGGACCCAUACUAGAUAUUAGAGCUUGGUUAUUUGACCAUGAUUCAAGGGUUUUAACAUAGCAUUUCACUAUUUAUAUGACAGAGACAUGAGGUUGCACAUGAAGUUGGGGAUAUUGAAGAAUAUUCAGAGUUUGUAAAGGAGCCAAAUUUAUGUCCUUGCAGUUGUAACAUUCAAUAUAUCAAAAUCAAUGUUUUAAAACCUGGCCUGGCUCGGCCGGUUUAAUCGGGACUCGGAAGCUUCAACGGGCCGGGUUUAAUUUUUUCCUAUUCACCCAAUACCUUAGGAUUUCCGGUGAUGAUUGGCGAACAAUUAACUGUCGGAAUGUUGGGGCUUUUGAAGAGCUAUUUCCGGUGAAUGUAAUGGUAGUGAAAGAUUUGAUUUCCGGUGAGUAAAUCGAUCGGAAAUCGAACAAAACUGGCAGCGGCAACGAUGAGAUUUUUCCGACGAUU